AUGGACCUUGACACGGGAGACUCCCCGUGGGGCGAUGAGCCUUCGCAGUCCUCUAGCCCCGUCACAUCGAAGCCGAAUACCAAUGAAAGUGCUUCCGCCCAGCCCGCAUUGUCUGUCAGUACCGCCGAGGUUCGUACACCUGGAAGACGAGGGCCACGGGGUACGCGCAAGAUCAGCGCACAGGCAACUCGAUUGGAAGCCGUCGAUGACACAUUCGAUCCCCUUGGUCCGCUUGGAGAAGUGACGACUGAGACGAGCGUGACACCCACGGAUGAAGCCCCGGCACCUCCCCAGAAGGAAUCGCUUGGUGGUCGCGGUCCCCAGCCGACCUCGACAUUUUCCCCGACCUCUAGCGGAGCUGGCCUGGCGGAUUCUGUCACUCUGGAAGAAGAAGAUGGUGGGAGUUUCCGAGGACCUCCGCCCGUACAGCCACCUGCCGAUGCCGAGGGACCAAAGCGACAGACACAACCUAGCAUGAGUGUAGAGCAGGCUGCGAAGCCGACAUUUGAAAUCAGUGUCGGAGACCCGCACAAAGUCGGAGAUCUGACUAGCAGUCACAUUGUUUACCAAGUUCGAACAAGGACGACGUCCAAAGCAUACCGCGUGCCCGAGUUCUCUGUCAGUCGUCGAUACCGUGAUUUCCUUUGGCUUUACAACUCAUUGCACAGCAACAACCCCGGAGUGGUUGCUGUUGGUCGGUUUGAUACAAAUUUUGUGGAGUCGCGGAGAGCUGCUCUGGAGCGAAUGCUGAAUAAGAUUGCUGGCCACCCAAUUCUCCAGCACGACGGCGAUCUCAAGAUCUUCCUCGAGAGCGAUGCUUUCAAUGUGGAUGUCAAGAACAAGGAGAAUCGGGAGCCCGAUUUGGGUCAAAGCAAGGGUAUGCUGAGCUCAUUCGGAAUCUCUGUCGGCGGAGGAGGCAAGUUCGUGGAGCAUGACGACUGGUUCCAUGAUCGCAAAAUCUACCUCGAUGCGCUGGAGAACCAGUUGAAGGCUCUCAUGAAAUCCAUGGACACCGUGGUCAUGCAGCGCAAGGGUCUGGCAGAGGCCGCGGGAGACUUCUCUGGCUCAUUGCAUGCACUCGCCUCCGUCGAGCUUUCUCCCGCCCUAUCAUCACCUUUGGACGGUUUGUCUGAGCUGCAAUUGCGCAUCCGGGAACUUUACGAGCGCCAGGCGCAGCAGGAUGUUCUGACCUUGGGUAUCACCAUUGACGAGUACAUUCGCCUGAUUGGCAGCAUCAAGCAGGCAUUCAGCCAGCGGCAAAAGGCUUUCCACACUUGGCAUGCCGCCGAGUCUGAUCUACAGAAGCGCAAGAAUACACAAGACAAGCUACUGCGGCAAGGCAAGACUCAGCAGGACCGGCUGAAUCAGGCCAAUGCCGAUGUUGCCGAUGCAGAGCGCAAGGUGCACCAGACACGUUUGUUGUUCGAGGACAUGGGCCGAUUGAUGCGCAAUGAACUGGGACGGUUCGAGAAGGAGAAAGUUGAAGAUUUUAAGUCCGGCGUGGAAACAUUCCUUGAGAGUGCCGUCGAGGCUCAGAAGGAGUUAAUCGAACUUUGGGAGACUUUCCUAUUGCGUCUCGAUGCCGGGGAAGACGGUCUUCCGUACUACGUGCCGCCUCCUGUAUCCAGUGAGACUGGCGAUGCUGCGCCAGAGUCCGUGGUAGCCCCCGUGCCCGCAACCGACGACGGGGCUUAG